AUGGCGGUCGGAUAUUUCCUGCUCUUUUUGGGUCUUCCUGUGCUUAUUUAUAGCCAGAGUUUUGAUCCCAAUGCCUUAGCAUUCGGCUCGAGUGGCGGUAGUGGAUCUGCUUCUUCAUCCAGUGGAUCUGGCGCUGCAGCGACCGGUGGCUUUGGAGGAAGUGGAUUUGAUACCUCUGGAGGAUUUGGUAGUUCAGCAGGCGGAAGUUCAACUGGAGGAUUUGGAGGAAGCGGGUUUGGAAGCUCCUCUGGAGGCGGAAGCUCAACUGGAGGAUUUGGAGGAAGCGGAUUUGGUAGCUCUUCUGGAGGAAGUUCAACAGGUGGAAGCGCAACUGGAGGAUUUGGAGGAAGUGGCUUCGGAAGCUCCUCUGGAGGCGGAAGUUCAACUGGAGGAUUUGGAGGAAGCGGCUUUGGAAGCUCCUCUGGAGGCGAAAGUUCAACUGGAGGAUUUGGAGGAAGCGGAUUUGGUAGCUCUUCCGGAGGAAGUUCAACAGGUGGAAGCGCAACUGGAGGAUUUGGAGGAAGUGGCUUCGGAAGCUCCUCUGGAGGCGGAAGUUCAACUGGAGGAUUUGGAGGAAGUGGCUUUGGGAGCUCCUCUGGAGGCGGAAGCUUAACUGGAGGAUUCGGAGGAAGCGGAUUUGGAAGCUCGUCAGGUGGCAGUUCAGCAGGUGGAAGUUCAACUGGAGGAUUUGGAGGAAGCGGGUUUGGAAGCUCCUCUGGAGGCGGAAGUUCAACUGGAGGAUUUGGAGGAAGCGGGUUUGGAAGCUCCUCUGGAGGCGGAAGUUCAACUGGAGGAUUUGGAGGAAGCGGAUUUGGAAGCUCUUCUGGAGGAAGUUCAGCAGGUGGAAGUUCAACUGGAGGAUUUGGAGGAAGCGGGUUUGGAAGCUCCUCUGGAGGCGGAAGUUCAACUGGAGGAUUUGGAGGAAGUGGUUUUGGGAGCUCUUCUGGAGGAAGUUCAACAGGUGGAAGCGCAACUGGAGGAUUUGGAGGAAGUGGCUUCGGAAGCUCCUCUGGAGGCGGAAGUUCAACUGGAGGAUUUGGAGGAAGUGGUUUUGGAAGUUCUUCCGGAGGAGGUUCAACUGGAGGAUUUGGAGGAAGCGGGUUUGGAAGCUCGUCAGGUGGCAGUUCAGCAGGUGGAAGUUCAACUGGAGGAUUUGGAGGAAGUGGUUUUGGAAGUUCUAGUGGAGGAUUCGGAGGGAGCGGAUUUGGAAGCUCAUCAGGAGACAAUACAGCAAGUGGAAGUUCAUCAAGUGGGGGUUUUGGAGGAAGUGGUUUUGGAAGUUCAUCAGGAGGCAAUUCAGCAGGUGGGAGUUCAAGUGAAGGAGCAGCCAGCGGGGGAUUUGGUGGAAGUUUCGACCCAAAUGCUGCAAUGGGAGGGGGAAGUAGUUCAGGGGGUGCUGCAUCAGGAGGAUUUGGAGGUAGUUUUGACCCAAAUGCAGCAAUGGGAGGGAGUAGUUCGGGAGCUGCAUCAGGGGGAUUCGGUGGCAGCUUUGACCCAAAUGCUGCUAACGCAGGGUUUGGUUCUAGUGGAUUUGGAUCAAGUGGUCGAAAAUAA